GCCUCAUCUUGAAGGAUUACAUCAUUGGUCAAAUGCCAAGACAAUAAGGUUCCUGCUCAGAUCAUGAGAAAUCCCACCCAUGUUGCCAAAAAAAGGUUUUGGAAGUUCCGCUCAUGUUUUCCUUGAGAGUAUCAUGCUAUAUAAAGAGAACAGGAAGACUCACCUGGGCAUCACCUACCAAGACUACCUUACGUCCUGCGCAGAGACAGAGGAAGAUCUACUUCAGACGUCCCCAGAAAUAAUUUCAACCACACAGAGACACAAUAUGCUUCUCAAAAUACAGAGAUCGAUCAGACCAGUGUCCACCCUGUCUGCAGUCAGAAGACUCCAUAAAUCUGCACUAAAUGUCAUGGAACGGCCUGCCCCUGAGGAGUCUGUAACCAGUAGCUUUGGCCGAUUCAUCCAGAGUGUGCAACCAAGGCAUCUGUCACCAGUUGUACUCCAGAGAAGCAAACGCAUGGUGCUGGACAGCAUUGGUGUAGGGCUGCUGGGUAGCACCACUGAAGUGUUUGAACUGGUACUCCAGCAUUGCCAGCACAUGUAUGCUCCCGAUGACAUCAGCUUUGUCUACGGGCGCAGUGGGACCAAACUUUCUCCAACUCUGGCUGCCUUAGCCAAUGGAGUAGCAGUUCAUUCCAUGGACUUUGAUGAUACCUGGCACCCUGCAACUCAUCCCUCUGGUGCAGUGCUUCCUGCUCUCCUUGCCAUUUGUGACAUGUUGCCCAAAAACAGCAAGCCAAGUGGUCUGGACCUCCUGACGGCCUUCAACAUUGGCAUUGAGGUCCAAGGUCGCCUGAUGAAAUUCUCCAAUGAGGCUCACAAUAUUCCCAAGAGGUUCCACCCCCCUAGUGUCGUAGGAACACUGGGCAGUGCUGCUGCCUGUGCCCGGCUCCUUUCCCUCAACCAUUCUCAGAGCAGCCAUGCUUUGGCCAUCGCUGCCUCUUUAGCAGGGGCCCCAAUGGCUAAUGCUGCCACUCAGUCCAAGCCUCUGCACAUUGGCAAUGCCUCUCGUCUGGGCCUUGAAGCCGCCCUGCUGGCCUCUCGUGGGCUGGAGGCAAGUCCCCUGGUCCUGGAUGCAGUGCCUGGGGUAGCUGGCUUCAGUGCUUUUUAUGAAGACUACACCCCAAAUCCAAUGGUGUCCCCUCAAGAGGCAGAACACACAUUUCUUCUGGAGACGCAAGACAUUGCCUUCAAGCGGUUCCCAGCCCACUUGGGCAUGCACUGGGUGGCUGAUGCUGCUGCCCAUGUCCACAAGGCUUUGCUGAGUCUUUCUGGAGGAAUCAUCUCCCCAAGCUCAGUGCAGGAAAUCCUGCUACGGGUGCCACGCUCUAAGUAUAUUGAUCGGCCCUUUCCAGAGUCAGAGCACCAGGCACGUCAUUCCUUCCAGUUCAAUGCUUGCACCGCCCUGCUGGAUGGCCAGGUAACAGUGCACUCCUUCCAGCCUGAAGCACUACUGAGGCCAGAGCUUCAUGCCCUGCUCUCCCGUGUCCGAGUAGAGCACCCCCAGGACAAUCCAGCCAACUUUAACUGCAUGUAUGGUGAGGUGCAGGUCACUUUGGUGAGUGGUAUUGUGCUACAAGGCCAUUGUGACACCUUCUAUGGCCACUGGAGGAAGCCACUGAGUGAUGAGAGCUUGCGCAACAAGUUCCGCAACAAUGCCAGUGUAGUGCUGCAACCUGAGAGGGUAGAUGGCAUCAUAGAAGCUGUGGAGAGGUUGGAGUUUCUGUCUGACUGCAACCCACUGCUAGCUCAGCUGCAGUAAACAGCUUAUUUGUGUUAACUUCAAGCAAUUACUGUAUUUUCUAAUGAAGGACACUUAUUUAGAAGGAAAAUGUAUGACAAUUUGUACCUUAUUUGUCUAAAUAAGGUUUAUUUGCAGAACUUAUUUGUUUUCUCUUUUAACUUGUUGUCUAUGAAAAGUACUAUACUAGACAAUGACAGUGUAGCUGACUGCAGCUGUUUCUCUGAAACUGAAAAACAGUACCCCUGAGACAUACAGUACUGUAAUUUACUGGGAAGGGAAAUAAAUUGUAGAUAACUAUAUUUGUAAACUGUAAUACAUACAACUCUGUUUGGGAGCUCUCUCUCUCUUUAUCCCUUGUAUACAUUUCUUGUCAUAUUAUUUUAUUUGUUUGCAAUAUGACAACAAUACAUACAAAUAAAACAAAAUAUUUAAAUCCA